AUGCAAAAGGAUAUCAUAUCUCAGAAUAAGGAGACCGAGCAGGCUGAGGAGGUACCCGGCUGCCGAGAAACUGGAACGUGUUAUCAAUAUCAAUCCAGUCGUGCAGUGGAUGGAGACAUUAAAACGUGUACAAGGACAGCACCUUUUGGAAGUAAUGAUCUUGCUAAAGAUAGAUGGGCAUGGUGGUAUGUUGACUUUGAGAAAGUGCUCAGCAUCUACAGCAUCAGAAUACAGUUCAAGGACUAUGGAGAACACUAUGUGACGAGACAAAAAGGACGUUUAGCUGGUUUUUCGCUGUAUGUGUCGAACACAACUAUAAAGGGGGAUAGGUAUCUAUGUUACAAAAACGGACAGGUGUUACCGGCUUUGGAUUUCAACACAACUUGUGUCAAACAUGGACGUUACGUUAUAUUCUACAAUGAAAGACUUCAAGGAAAGACUUAUCCUACUGGAUAUCAAACAUUCCAAGUUUUCACUGAAUUAUGUGAAGUAACUGUAACAGGUUGUAAAGAACCCGGUGUGUAUGGACAUGACUGUAAUCUACCCUGCCCAAACAACUGUCAGGAAUUAAGAUGUGACAUUGUCAACGGAGCGUGUUUGGGUUGUACUGCAGGAUGGGUGGGGGACUUCUGUAACAAAUCAUGUCCAGCUGGAUAUUACGGUUUACAGUGUGGAUCCACGUGUACUGGACAUUGCAGAGACAACCUGUCCUGUAAUCACACCACAGGACAAUGUGACUAUGGAUGUGGUAAUGGAUGGACAGGAACACAAUGCAACACACAGUGUCCUGCAGAAUCAUACGGUCCUGGUUGUGUGUAUAACUGUAGUGGACAGUGCCUAAAUUACCUCCCUUGUAACAGGACAACAGGAAGAUGUGACGGAGGCUGUAAUCCAGGAUAUACCGGGGAACUCUGUGACAAAGUAUGUUCAGUUGGCCACUACGGAUUGCAUUGUUCAGAGAACUGUAGUUCCGGUUGUCGAUCUGACAGUAAUCAUUGUAACCAUAUAGACGGACAUUGUGAACAUGGAUGUGACGAUGGAUUCCAGGGAAGUAAAUGCGAGGAAAUUUGUGAUGACGGCUUUUAUGGAGAAAACUGCUCUACACCGUGUAGCGAAUACUGUGUCCAUCAGUCAUGUGACCACACCACAGGCAGCUGUACAUACGGAUGUAAACCGGGAUGGAGGACUCCCAACUGCAAACAGAAAUGUUUAGUAGGAACGUACGGCACAAGUUGUGGAAAUCACUGCAGCAGCCAUUGCAGAAACAUGACAUGUAAUCCAAUCAAUGGGUCUUGUCUGGAGGGCUGUACACCAGGAUACUUAGGAAGUCUCUGCAACAAAGAAUCUUCGCGGUCAGGAGGUUUUGCAGCACAGUCCGAUACGACAGAUUCUGGCGCAGUAACAGGAGCCGUGGGAGGGACGGUGGGAGCCGUAGGUCUUAUUGUCGUCCUCAUCACAGGGAUACUGUUUAUACGAUGGAGAAGAAAGAAGGAGAGAAAGCAUGAAGAUACGGAGACGGUAACGUUUUCUUCUGUCCCAGAAACGUUAACAAUAGGUGAUAAAAAACAUGAAGAGAUGGAAAUGGGUGGAGUCGGAAAUCCUGGCUUAGAAUUAAAAACUGAGGGGGGAGUGCUAACGACGAGUACUAAAAUAGACAUAUCCGUCGCGGAUUUUGAUAAAGCAAUAGUUGUUUUGUCUGAAAAUCAGAAUGCCAAGUUUAAAGAAGAAUACAUGGUACGUGUCUAUUAA